AUGGAAGACAUACUGUCGAAGAUAGGGCCCGGCAAGAAGGUGGCCGAGCGGAGGGCCUACCUGUUCGACGGGCUGCUGCUGCUGUGCAAGCCCGCCACCAGCCUGGUGACGGUGAACAGCGGGGGCGGCGCCGGCGGGGUGGGCGCCGUGCAGCUCAAGCUCAAGGAGAAGCUGCACAUCCGGAAGCUGGAGAUCGUGGACCGGCCCGACACGGACGAGGCGCGACACCUGCUGGAGCUGUCCCCGCGCGUGGGCGGCCCCGUGGUGCUGGCGUGCGCGUCGGCGCCCGACAAGCGGAACUGGAUGUGCGACCUCGUCAUGCUCAACACCAAGCCCAUGCUGGACCGGUUCCUCGAGAGCAUCCUGUCGGAGCUGGAGCGGCGGCACCCGCUGCGGCUGCCCCCGCCGCGCCUGUACCGGUUCGCGGUGGCCGACGCGCCGCACAACAUCCUGCUGGAGCAGCCGCCCGUGCGCCGCCCCGCGCUCGUGCCGCUCGUCAAGGGCGCCACGCUGCUCAAGCUGGUGGAGCGCCUCACGUACCACGUGUACGCCGACCUGGCGCUCGUGCGCACCUUCCUCACCACCUACCGCUCCUUCUGCGAGCCCCGCGAACUGCUGGCGCUGCUCAUCGAGCGGUUCCGCAUCCCCGAGCCCGCCGACGUCUACGACAAGCCGCCCCCAGCGCCAAGGACGAAAGUGAAGAAGGAUGUUAGUCCUAGCGCGACGCUGCUAGACCUCGAUAUAGCGGAGAGCAUAGAGAGUGUGGCCAGCAGCGACGCCGAGAAGCUCAGCAAGAACACCGUGAGGGAAGACUGGAAGAGGUACAGGAAGGAGUUCCAGCAGCCCGUCAAGUUUAGGGUUAUUAACGUUAUUAGGCACUGGGUGGAUCAACACUUUUAUGAUUUCGAAAGAGAUCCCGAGCUUUUGGACGAGCUCCGAGAGUUCCUGGAGUCCGUCGACGGGAAACCCAUGAGGAAGUGGGUCCAGAGCGUGCUCAAGACCUUGCAGAGGAAGAGCCAGCCGGCGGAGGGCGAGGGCGCGGUGUCGCACGUGUUCGACCGGGCGCCCCCCGCGGUGCUGCGGCACGUGUCGGACCCCGAGCGCUGCGACUGGCACCCGCUGGCGCUGCACCCGCUCGAGCUCGCCAGGCAGAUCACGUUGCUGCACUUCCAUCUCUACAGGCAGGUAAAACCUUCAGAGCUGGUCGGCGCCGUGUGGACGAAAAAAGACAAGGAGAAGACUAGCCCUAACCUGUUGAAGAUUAUAAAGCAUACGACCAACUUCACGCGCUGGAUGGAGAAGUGGAUAGUGGAGAGCGAGAACCUGGAGGAGCGCGUGGCGGUGGUGUGCCGCGUGCUGGAGCUGGGCGUGGCGCUGCUGCACCUCAACAACUUCAACGGCGUGCUGGCCGUCGUGGCCGCCGCCGGCAGCGCCUCCGUGCACAGACUCCGGGCCACCUUCCAGUUGAUUCCUCUCCGCCUGCAAAAAUACCUCGAGGAGCUCCGGGAGCUGAACACAGAUCACUUCCGGAGAUACCAGGAGAGGCUGAGGAGUAUCAACCCUCCGUGCGUCCCCUUCUUCGGCAUGUACCUCACCAACAUCCUGCACAUCGAGGAGGGGAACCUGGACUACCUUCCAAAUUCCGAAUUAAUAAAUUUCUCGAAGCGAAGAAAAGUGGCGGAGAUCACGGGCGAGAUCCAGCAGUACCAGAACCAGCCCUACUGCCUCACCGUGGAGCCCAGGACCAGGGCAUUCCUGGAGUCGCUGGAUCCCUUUCCUGGGAAAGACGACAUCGAGAUCACUAAUUAUUUGUACAACAAAAGUCUGGAAAUAGAGCCCCGGCCGCCGGUCAAACAGAUGCCGAAGUAUCCCAGGAAGUACCCGGACCUGUCGCUGAAGCAGGUGAAGGCCAGCCGGAGGAACCAGCACGACCACUCCACCUGCGACGACAACCUCAGCGUGUCGCAGCUGUCCCCCACGGGCAGCUCGUGGGACGGCGCGUCGGUGGCGUCGCUGCCCAUGCACCACGACGACCACAGAGGCGGCAGGGCGGAGGCCGGCAGCCCCAAGGCCGACGCGCGCUCGCUCAGCCAGCUCAGCCUCUUCGACAAGAAGCUCAGUCUGUUCGACAAGGGCAGGAGCCACAGGAACAGCGAGCCGCCCUCCCCCAGGGACAAGCACUCCCCCAGGCACGACCGGCCGGCACCCGUCGAGAGAAAACCACAGAACUUAUCGCCGCGGAACCCCAUCGUCGACGCCGACUCCUUCUACACGAGCCGACACAGCCUCGAGCUCGGCGCCAGGAAGCACGAGAGUAAAGAGGAGAGCGUGCCCCCCCUUCUGCCGCGACACAGCGAGCCACCCCCAGCCCCGCCGCGCCGGAUAGACACCCACCAUGCGGCGUCGGGCGAGCAGCCGCCGGAGCCCCCGGACCGGCCGCAGCCCAGCCCCCAGCACUGCGAGCUCCUCAGAAUGCCAGCCUUGUCGCCGAAGAGAUCUCCAGCGCCGCAGCCGCCGAUGAGCCCGCCCGCGCCGCCCGACAGGGGCGUGUUCAGCUUCCCCUGCGGACCCCCCACCCCGUCGCCCCCCGCGCCCCCACUCACCCCGCACCCCGCGGCCGUGACGCCGCCCCCCCUGCCCCCGCGCCGCCGCCGCGACUCCACCGCGCCGCACACGCCGCUGCCGCACACGUGGAGCAGCACGGAGCCGCCCCCCCUGCCCCCGCGCCCGGCCCCCUGCCCCGCGCCCGCCCUGCUGCGCCCCGCGCUGUCCACCAUCCUGCAGCGGAGACACAACAACACAGCGCUGGCCCCCCGCCUGCCACCCAAGCCCCCCCCGGCGGCGCUGUCCCGCACCUAACCCCCGCGGCCCCCGCCACCGUCUGCCGCCCUCGGCAAUAAAACGUGAUAAACAAAUUACAUAAAUAAUGAAACAUAGUACAAUACGAUGUAUUAAUUAAUGUAAAUAUAUAUACAUAUAAUAUUAUAUGGAAUAAAUUGAUUAUAUUGAGUAGAGGACAUCCGAACGACAUUUGUACAGACCACAUUCCGUCUCGGUCCCCCCUGCCCCCGGCCCCCGGCCCCCGGCGGCGCGCCCCGGGCAGCCAAGCGCCGGGGUGAGAUGUCGAAACGUAUUGCUUAGGGAAUGCCGCGCUCUCUGUCCGUGUCGCCUCUCACCCCGGUCCCCCGGGUGGUCAGGGCGAGGGUCGCACGCCUGGCUCACGCGUGUGACCCCGGGGACGGGACCAGAGCCGGACCCCGGCCCGCGCACACGCAGCACGCCGCCGUGUGGCGACAUGUCGCUAGUGCAUUGUACAUGAAAAGGUGCUAAAUAUAUAUAUAUAUAAAUAAAUAAAUGUGUAAGGGAGAUGUUGUUCGUGGGUCUGCGCGGCGCUCGUCGACGGAACUUGUGAACAAUAUGCUUGUAGUUUGUAAAUGACUCUGAAUGUGAAAGUUUUGUUUACAGCAUUGUGACGUCAUAAUGUUAAUAAAGUUGUUGACUGUUUGUUUAUUAAAGAGAGAAAAAUGAAAUUAUUUAAAAUGAAUAUUUUAAGUUUUGUAUAGAAAUAAAAAAGCGGCCUUAUCGCUUAAAGCGAUCUCUACCAGACAAUCUCGUGAAGCACAUUGUAUUCAUACGAUAAUUGUAUAUUAUAUACACGAACGCUUAUAAUCAAAUAGCAUCACUUCGAGUAUUCUUAAGCAAUUAGUUCGAGAUUCGCUUACCGUCAGAAGGGAAUGUGAACAAAACGAUAAUGUGUAAACAUUCCACAGGUAUAUAUAUAUAUUUUAAAAAAGUAGUCGUUUGUACAAAAAUAGAUACUUAUGUAAGUGUUUCAAAAAGGCGCUUGGUCGGAGCGACGCGCCGGACACACGCGGAUACAAUAGUUUAGCAGAACUGACUUCCGGCGCCUGGACGGGGUGAGCCUUUCGUCUGAUACCAACCUGAAGUUGAAUGAGCAUACCAACGUAUGGCGCUAACUGUAUGAGAAGAAUUAAAAUUUUGAGAUUUGUUGUUAAAUGUUAUGAAAAUUUGUAUUAAAUAAAUGUUACGAAUUAGUCCGUUCUGCUAAAUUACGUUCGAUUCGCGUCCUUGUCUCGCAUUCAUCAUUAAGAUGUCGCCGUCUCUCUUCUACACGCAUCAUCUGUCUUUAGAGCGAGAGCAAACAUGAUCUCGGAGCUGGGUACAAAACUGGAAUUAAAUGACUAAUAAUAAUAAUGUUAAAAUAAUAUUCAUCCGCUGAAUGUUGUUCCUUAUUUUGUUAUUAAAGUGAGCAAUGAUAAACAUCAUAAAUCAGAAUAAGUUUGUUAUUAAAAAUAAAAAACAAAUAGAAAAGGAAGAAGCUAUGUCAUGGUCAUAAAUCUUAACAGGCUGUUUCAUGCAGGCAACUGUUGCUUUAGUGAUUUAAAAAAAAAAAAUGGCAUACAUUUUUGGCGGGAGAUGAAUUAUGUACAAAUAAAAGUUAAAAAUGAAUUCCCUUUCUAUCUCUAACCAUAAUGUACCCGUGCUAUUGUAGUUGUCACGCUUCACUGACAUGUCAGUCGUUGAUUUAGAACUAUGCUAGACAAAUAGAUUCAUUGUCUCCUCCGUAGGUCAGGCGACAGGGGCGUGCCCAGGUGAUAUUCUUUCCCGUAGACAUUGAUCACAUUUGUUUUAUUAGUUUACAAUUUCGGACAUUUCGAAUCUAUUUUUGUGAUCAUUCUUACUGUCCGGUCGUAGGAUGCUUUGGCCAGUCGUCAUCAGACGGUCGAGAUGGAUGUGGGGUCGUUUGACUUACCCUACUAACAUUCAUCGUUUGUGCAGCUCAGCGCUAGGACAUUGAGCUUAAAUUAAAUGUUAUUGAAAUAAACGCGAUCUCUACAAUUUUGGAAAUACUUAUAUUGAUAUGCGUAUCUUCGAUGCACUAAGAGCAGGCCAUGUGAACUGGUAGUUGAAUUUAAAUUGUCUAUUCAUCAAAUAGCAUGAAUACUAGGUCUAAAAAUUACAGGCGAACGAAUUUGAGAAGAAUACCAACAGUAGGAUUUAGUAAAUAAAAAUACCGGCAUCUUUCUCGUUUGAAAUUACCGUGGGCACGCUCUUGUUUAAGAGGGUUACCUGUUGCAUUUCUACUGUAUUAUCAACUAUAAUGUUUCGGCUCGAUACGACUGUAGGCGAGCAACUGGCGCACAGGUCUUCCACAUUUUUAAAGUAGCAUCGACACACAAGUGGACAAGUAAAAACUGAUUUAAGAUUAACGCCCUAAUAUAGUCGCUACAUAAACAUAAUUUCGUUACAUUAUGAUUUGAAUGUCAACAAAAACAGAUAUUGAUGUCUAGCUCAGCUGUUGCGGGUGCCAGACAUGGCGCGCACGAAUCUACCAAUAGCAAAUGGUAGCGAGCCGCUCGCUCACACGGGGCGUCACGAUUGGCUAAAAAAUUUUUCGCGCUUUUAUCAAAGGCUACUUCUGCGCGGGAACUUCGUUGUAACUUAUAUACGCGGCAGAUCAGAAAUUCAAGACCCGCAAUGUUGUGGCAUCGAGCGCCAACACCUAAUGCGAUCAAAUUACGGGCAAGGCUUUCGAAUGAUCCGUAGGCCGUCAAAGAUUUCUUUCGAAAGUAAUAUUUGCAUAAAAUUUUAUAUAUGCGUAAUGUCAUGGAUAUAAUUGAAAAACCUUUCAAAGUCGAAGGUCGACGAAGCCUUCAUAAUAAUUUGAUUGCACAGCUGGUUUGAACGUAAUCGUACACAUUUUAAAAUAAUAUGAAGACUUGUGAUGAAAUGAAGUCGCAUAUUUUCAUAUAAUUGUUGUAAUACAAACGAGUCGAGAGAUAAUAUUGUUCGGGAUGCGAACACAAUCAAUAAAUACUGUUAUAUAAAAGAGUUUUAUUUCUUAUUGUUGCAUUUAGCUGCGUGGACGAGUUCACGGCCCACUUGGUAUUCGUUAGUUCCCGGAGCCCACAGACAUCAACAACGUAAAUGUCCCCACCCACUUGAAGCAAGAGUUCUAAUCUCAGCUUUACAGUACAAUGGCUGCCCCACCUUUCAAAUUGAAACGCACCUGGGUGUGCGUUGGAGCGGCGCCGGUACUGACGGAAUGCUCGAAGCGUGGUCGCUAGCAGCCUAGGAGGCUACUUCAGAAUCGUGACCCGCUGAGUAAGAUACGGCGAGAAACUACAGGCUGGUGCAACGGGCCAUGUCACUAACCUCUGACGAGUACAGAGACCAGUGUCAUGGUUGCUGUUUGUGUUAGAGCA